AUGGCGCUGCCCUACGGGGAGGCCGGGGCCGCCGCCUCCCCGCCCGCCUCCCUCCCUGUCCGCUUCGGCCGAGAGCUGAAGUCGUUUCAGGGGCCAGACGCGUCCCCUGGUUCCUCCCGCUUGUCCCAGCUCAGUUCCGUUUCCACAAGGACACCGAGCUGCCGCGGAGAAAGCGGCACCGAGGGCGCAGAGGGCCAGCGCCGCGCUGGUCCGCGCCCGCGGCAGAGGCCGGGCGGCCGGGUGCCGCUGGCAGAGGGCACGGGCCUGGGGCGCGCCCUGCUCCCGCUGGCUUUCUCCUUAGCUUGGUUCAGGGGAGUUGGGUGCGGAACAGGUAGAAACUGUAGCUUUUUGCAGGAAAUGGAUGUCAUCCAGAAACGGGAUGAAAACUGUUACUGCUAUCUGCAGAACAGAACCAUUCACUUACAGUACAUUUGGUCGACUCUUCAGGUAAAAGUUAACAGCAGCGAAGUGUUCAGGUUUGAGCCUAUUUCAGAAAAAAGCAACUGUCGUAAUUCAGAAACUGUUUUUGAGUUUGCUGCAUGUGCUAUUCAAAUCUUCUGGAAACCAGAGACAUCUACAGAAACUUUCAUAAGCAUAAAACAAUAUGGAGAGGAUAUUUGUUUCAAAAUACAGCCCUUCAAAACAGAAUCGUACACUGUGAGUGUGAAACGAGAAAUGCUAGAUGGAAAACUCUUGUUUUUGUUUGUAGCGGGAAUUUUUCUGUUCCAUUUUGCAAACAGCCUGAGCAGGAGUACCAAGUUCUUUUACCUUUCUGGAAUAAUACUGGGUGUUCUGGCUCUGCUAGUCUUUGUCCUGUUGACACUUAAAAGGUUUAUUCCAAGGCACAGUACCUUCUGGAUCUUAAUGAGUGGUUGCUGGAUGUCCUCUCUCUAUUUUAUUUACUGCUUCAAAGAGAAUAUGCAGUGGUUGUGGUCUGAACACAGAUACUACUUGUUGGGGUAUUUUCUGGCUGUUGGAAUUACCAGCUUUGCCACUUGCUAUCAGCAUGGACCGCUUACCACUGAACUGAGCAUAACCUUGUUCACGUGGACACUACAGUUAACAGCCUUUGUCUUGAUUUAUUGUGGUGUCACCAUACCUCAGGUUGCGUAUGCAGUAAUAGCAGUCAGCCUCUGUUCAAAAGGCCUGUGUUACCCCCUUGGUGCUGCUUGUCACAUAGGCAGAAAAAUGAAGAACCACUUCAAAUCAAAAAAGUUAGUGUUUAAAUGCCUUACUGAAGAGGAAUAUCGAGAACAAGGUGAAACAGAAACUAUCAGAGCUCUGGAGGAGCUACGCUCAUUCUGCAGGAACCCUGAUUUCCCAUCAUGGUUAGCUGUAUCCAGACUCCAGUCCCCACAUAGGUUUGCAGGUUUUGUUCUGGGAUCUCCCCACGUCUCGCCUGCAGAAACAAAGGCGCAUGAUGAGGAAUACGGCAUGGGGAGCUUCUUCAUGGAAGAGCAGCUCUUUGACACAAGGGCAGAAUCUGAGCAAGAUGAUCCAGCCAAUUCCAUCCAUGAAGCAGAUGAGGAGGAUGAAGACGAAAUGCAUAAACAAAUUCCAUUUCCAUAUGCUACUGAAUUGCUCUGA